AUGUCUGCAACGGCAACAAUGACCCAGCCGGCCCCAGUCGACCCCAUCGCUCCCGGGGUCGACGUCGAGCUCAUGAGCAUCCGGUCCGUCGUCUCGCGCGAGGCUGGCGAGCGUGACCCCCUCCUGCUGCGCACCAAGAUCAAGUCGGACGACGAGAUCAAGGGGCUUCGCUCGCGCGGCAAGGUUCAUGGCAAGCUUGCCAAGUUCUACGACGCUCAGAACGGCCACAUCGACAACCUUCUCAAGCCAUUGGCUGUCCACACCGCCGAAGCGGCACAAGAGGAGGAGAACAUGGCGCUGAAGGUCAAGAUUGCCGUCAACGUGUCGUUUGCCGCCAACAUUAUCCUGGCCGGUGUUCAGCUCUACGCCGCUAUUAGCUCCAUGUCGCUUGCUCUGUUUGCGAGCACCAUUGAUGCUGUUUUCGACCCCUUUGCCAACCUGAUCCUCUGGCUUGCGCACCGCGCUUCGAACAAGGCCGAGGAGAGCAAGUGGCCAUUUGAUGACACCAAUGCUGACUUUCCAGUCGGCAAUAUUGUUUACGGAGGGAUCAUGGGCGGCGUGAACGUUAUCCUUAUUGUCGAGGCGUUGCAGGAGAUUGCCACACACAAGUCCGGCGAGGGCGACACGAAAACGUUCCACGUUGUCCCGCUCGUUUGCGUCUGCAUCGCCUGGGGUGUCAAGUUCUCUCUCUUCCUCUACUGCUUUGCUAUCCGCAAGGCGUCGUCCCAGGUUCAGGUUCUCUGGGAGGACCACCGCAACGACAUCAUUGCCAACGGCUUUGCCAUUCUCACCAACGCCGGUGGUGCCAAGCUCCGCUGGUGGAUUGACCCCGUCGGUGCUAUGGUGAUCGCCUGCAUCAUCAUUACCGUCUGGUGUAGGACUGUUUAUGAGCAAUUCACCUUCCUUGCCGGCAUCACCGCGCCGCCCGAGUAUGUCUCCCUCGUCACUUACAAGGCCAUGACCUUUUCGCCCGACAUCAAGCAGGUUGACACCGUCCGCGUGUACCACUCCGGUCCACAGUACAUUGUCGAGGUCGACAUUGUCCUGGACCCCGAGAUGCCGCUCUGGAAGGCCCACGACAUCUCCCAGGACCUUCAGGACCAGAUCGAGGCGCUGCCUGAUGUGGACCGCUGCUUCGUUCACGUCGACCACGAAGUCGAGCACAAGCCCGAGCACCGCAAAAAGGUGUAA